AUGGCCAUUUUUUCCAACUUCGCUGGUGCGAAUACCGAGAAGGUCAUUUUCCAAGCGCCAGAGACUAUCAAUGUUCCGAAUACAUCGCCCAACCUCGGCGACCUCCGUCUAGACAUGCUUACACCAGACCACUGGUCCAAGAGAAUUGAUCUGCCAGCUUCUUUCCCGGCCCCUGCGUCUCCCUUUGGGAGCCCAACCUGGUUGCUACUCAAGAACCUCACACAAGACCAGCGGUAUGAGCUGAGAGUGUGCUGGGCGGCUACUCAACCUACAGCUUUCACCCUCGAUGUGUUUGAGCUGCCCGUUGUUUGGGAUACCCCCGAGCUCAUCUCUUCCCUUGCGAAAUAUGCCUCCUCUCGCAUCGCAAACCGUGAGGCGGAUAGCUCUUCGGCCUUGUACUCAACGCUCAUGGAGCAAGAAACUUCCCUUUUUUUCCUCAGGAUCUUGGCUGUGGCGGAUUACUACACCGACAACGCCACGCUCAUGGCCAAUGUUGAACACGUUCGCGCCGACCUCAUACUCGAUCCAUUUCUACUGAAUGCUUUGCCGAGGUCACUACUUCCGACCGUCUUCUACAUCAAGGGGGUGUCCAUCAUGGCCUGGCUUCUAUCUAGGGUCAUUCUGAUUUGGAUUCAGCCAGUACUUGCCGCUGAGGGCAAGCCUGAGAGGAAGAAAAACAUUUAA